AUGUCUAAAAGCAGCAACGAAAAGCGUUUCAAACUAAGAAAGCAAUGUCGAGAAGCCCUGGCGGCUCAUAUAUAUGACCGACUUGGCCUUGUCGUCGCCCCCGAAAGAGUUCGCCUUCAACCACGGCCUGAAGAUGGAUACGCUUGGUCCGUCGCGAGAACGAAUGCUGGUUUGCUCAAAUCCAGUCUAAGCAGCGGCUCGACCAGACUUUACCAGUUGAUUUGCAGAGAGCUAGGUCGCUCACUCGAGGCUGUCAACCCGCAGUCCUUGGACACCUCGCAGUCCAAUACUGGCGGCCUUCCUAAUGAGGAAUUCAGUGAAGGAAUAGUGGAUGGCUCUUUCACGGCGGAGAUUUGCGAGCUCAAGGCUACCAACAGCUGCAUAGAAGAGGAAUUAGGACGCACUCGUUCUCGACUGGAUGACUGUCUUGGCGAAGGUCAAACGCUCCGGUCUGAGGCCAAUGAACUUCGCCACCACAUUCAACUUCUCCAGUCGCAAAAUAAGAACUUGCAUGAUGAGCUAGGCAAAAGAGAGUGA